GAAAAAUAUGGUACAACAACACGUUACUCACAUUCGAAUUACUUUUGGUUUUGUUUUGUGGUCUUCAACCGGAAGAACCAGUUCGUUAGUCUAGCCUUUUGUCAAUUGUGUAGCUGAUUAUCAUUCAUUUGAAGAUACGAUGUACAAAGGAUUGUAAUUUUUUAUAAUGGUAUUGCUUGACAACGAUGGGUUUUUAACCCAAUUAACAGCACUUUUUAACAAAUCGAAAACACAAGGAACUGUCUAUGUGACCAUGAAACAAUAUCACGGCGAAACCAAACCAAAACCUAGAAAUUUAAAGACAUCAGAUCCUAAUCCACACGCCACUGGUGAACCACGAUGUUUAUUUCGUGCAACUAAUGGAAAGAAAAAACUUUCAACUAUAGUAAUGCAUAAAGAUGUAAAUAAAUUCCAACUUGCGUAUGCAUCGUUAUUGAAGACAAAUAUAGAUAGUUUGAAAAAAAGGGAUAGAAAAUCAAAGAAAAACAAAAAAUCGAAAGCAACUCAAUAACGCAUCGUUGGAUUGCAUGAUCUUUUUAUUUGAAUAUUUAUUUGAAUUUAUUUUCUCGGAAAAUAGACGAUUUUUAUUCCGGGUAUUUUCUUUACCAUAGAUACACGGUAUCUUGUGUUCGUAAUUUUUUGAUUUUUUAACUACUUCUGUUACGGCAUGUCGUAAUUUUAUGUUAAUCCUUUACGGAUGGCUGAUUACUAAUAAAGGUUUUAAAAUUAUAUGUAUAAUUAUAUGUAAAGGUUUUAAAAUUAUAAUAACUAUGUUAUGCAUCAGUAUAUUGUGUCGUUAAAGAUUGAUUAAAAGACCUAGCUGGUACAUUAGCCAGCUAUGGUUUUACGUAUUGCAAUUUUGCGAUUUUAUAUGUGUACUUAGUCAUCUUUUUUAAAAAAAUAUGGUUGCUUAUAACAGGUCGACCAAAAACAGAAGUGUUACAGGAAAGUGUCUCGAAAAUCUAAGUGAAGUUAUCUACCCUACAAAGAUCCAAGUAUAGGUUUGUUUUAAAAAUGCUAGUCAAAUUUUAAGUCAAUUUUUAGCGUUUUUUUUUUAUGAAUAAUAUGCGUUAUUUAAACUUGUAUGAUAUGCAGUAGCUUUGCUCUGUUAUCUAGGCUUGCUCUGCCAUCUCGAGUAUUUUUAAACAUUUUAUGCUAUUGUUUCAUGAUGGCUUUGCAUUUGAACGGUAUAAAAAAUUAUAAAAAUUAGGCUACAGAACCUAAAAAUCGAAGUUACGAAUUUGGUUGACUACAGUCGCCUAAUUAGCACCAUGUUAAUUACACAUAAUGUCUUUAUAAUUUUUGUGUCUUUUGUAAGCAUUAACGAGCUAGCAUUUGGGCAAUAUAGUUGUGAAAAUAUAAACGCCUUACUUGUUUUCAGCAUUAUUAUUAUUAUUAUUAUUAUUAUUAUUAUUAUUAUUAUUAUUAUUAUUAUUAUUAUUAUUAUUAUUAUUAUUAUUAGCUACGAUAUUGAAAUUUACUGUAGAGAGAAGAAAAUAAAGUGUUGUUUCAA